AUGCCUAUGCCAAUCAAAUGUUUUCCUCGUAUCGAUUUCUUCGAGAAACCUCCGACAAUUAGUCCCGGCAUCCGUCUCUGGGCCCAAUGUCGCAUAUUAUGCGUUUCUUCCGUCUCAUCAUGGCGGAAUUCAUUUACGGACAUAUCAUCCGCUUAUUUCAGACACGAAACCCGAACUAUGAUGCAUGAUUCGAAGGGCUGUCCUCUUGUUAUUGCGCGGUUGCCUCAAGGGUUACUCCAGAAACUUUGGUUGAACAGCGGUUCUAAAGAGUUGCAUCAGAAGUCACGAGAAAUUGCUAUUUCCCCGCUUAACUACUUUCAAGGCAUCCUUGACAUAGAAGGUCUCUGUGACAUUUGCGACAGCGAUAAUGAAAGCGAUAAUGAGGGCGAUAUUGAUCAGCUGGCAGCUGAUCUAGCUAAGGCUACUACCGCCGCAGCAGACGAUGAAGAAAUACCUAUGAAUAUCCUGGAAGAUGCAAAGGAACUAGUCACCGUCGACCUAGGAGAUUUCCGGCUUGACCUAGGAUGUGACGUCCAGCCAUUCCAGCAGAAAAGGAUUACCCAGUCAAUUUGCGACUGUAGUGCUGGACACACUAGAGCGGUUCAAGAAUAUUUGGAGACAUCUACUGAGGCUUGGCUGUUUGUUCGAGGGCGGUUCCCCUUCAACGGUAAAACAACCCUCAUCCGCGCAGCAGCUGAGAGUAUCCCCGAGAUGCUGUCGAUUCUCAUCGAACAUGGAGCGGAUGUGAAUGCUGUUGAUAAUGGCGGAAGGAGCGCUCUAAUGGAGGCAGCGCUCUUUGGGCGGGUUAACAAUGUAAAAGUACUCCUACAACACGGCGCGGACACCAAUAUCCGGUAUGUCAAAAAUCGACUGGCAGUUUAUUUUGCGCAGGAGCAUGACGAACUUCAAGAGGAAAGAAACGAUCGUACUGAUGACUAUUUUGAGGACACACCCAGAGCGGCCCUUGAUCGCCGGGAAAUUGUUCGCCUUCUUAGCGCAGAGAGACGAAUGUCAAAGACCGCUUUUGGAGAACCACCCACUGUAUCGUUGUCUCAGUCCUAUAGUCGCACAUCGUCCAGUAUGGAAGAGCCCAAACCAACCGGCAAGCAUCCAAUAUCAGGAUUUGGAGAGACAGUGGCGCGACUAGAAAGAGGCGGAAAAUAUCCGUCUGUUGCUGCUAUCAGCCGAUUGACAACAGUUCCUGGGCAACGCCUCAGUGUUGAGGGUCGCCAUUGGGCAGAUGAUGUACUUUACAUUGCCAAAACAGUGGGUCACCAAUUUCCUUCCCAUAUCCAUGAUGAGGAUAUUGCCUACCACGCAGAAAAGCAACUGAUAGCAUAUUUCAUUGAUCGCCAUGCUUUCCUUCCACGCGAUCUCUUGCCGGAUCCAAAACUAAGAGAAGAAUAUGAAAGGACAGAAGAUGAAUUUGAAAGGUUCUAUUCAAGCACCGAGAUAGGGCGGGAAGUGACUCAUCUCCGGAAAACCAAGCAGGACUUAAAGUACGAGCUCAUGUAUAAAUUGGAAGAACUCGUCAGAAAAGACGAUGAGAUUCAGGAACUGGAGGCAAAUCUCAGGGCCGUUGAAGCGAUACUGAACCGGGUGAUCAAUAGUCCUCAGGCGCGAUCAUUACAGGAGCUAGAAUGCAAACUGGAGAUACUAGAUACGCGACGAUGGAGACAUCGAGACCUGAUCAGGAUGGCUGAGGCACCACCGCUACCGGCUACAUUAACAAAAGCAGCCAUAUUGGUCAAUAAAGCUCCUUGUGAUGAUUGCAAAGUGUUUACGGACAAAGUUAACAAGCACUUUGGGUUAUCUAUACAAUUGUUUGCAGCAGUUUAUGUUAUAUGCGACUUUCAUUUGGAGGUUCUUCGGUUUUAUGUAUUAGAAUGAUAGUAAGUAGGCUUCGAAGUGCUCACUGAUUUCAUAUCAUAUAUGUUUGGGAAUACCGUAUCUAGUUCUAGCAUUAGCGUAUACCGAAACAAAAAAGAAUACGUAUCUUACUGCUACUUACGUAGCGGCGAAAUAGUCGAGGCUCUGUACUCAGUGAGUAGUGGUUUCGGGAUAGAAAUGACCUGUGGAG